UACAGUUCACGACAUUAUCGUUUGUUGCAUGUUUGUUGUUUUCUUGCAUAUCAAAUAUUUUUAAAUCAAUAUGAUUAAAUUAUAUCCGAAAAGUGUACUUAAAUUAUGUUAUGAAUAGCAUACAUUUUGCUUGCAAAUCCUAUUUUUAAUAUUGGCGCAACAUGUCGGCUCUUUCGUUAGCUAAAAACCACUCGAAAAAAGUGAAUAGUGGACGUGAACGAGAUAAAAACAAAUCUUGUGCUUCUGAAUCUGGGGGAUCUAGUCAGUGUGAUACACCACCACUCACAGAAAAGGAUGGAGGACCUUCGCAAGGCAAAUUUGCUGGUAUCGGUGCUGACUCAGUACAAUGUAUGGCUGAACAAAUUGGUGUGGAGCUCAAUUCGGAAGCAGCCACAAAUCUGGCUGAAGAUGUUAGUUAUAAAUUGCGUCAGACAAUAAAUAUAUUAGCGCUUCAUAGUGAAAUGAUGAAGAAAUCCCUGGUAGACAGUUGGGAUGUCAACACAUUGCUGAUGCUGUCAGACACCAGUCCUGUAGUGGGAGCAACUACUACGCAAUAUACAUCUUUCAGUGAAGAGAAACUGUGCUGUGAAGUUGAGACUCUGCUAAACGUCACAGAGCAGGCAAUGGUACCUCAGAGCUACAGCUACGUUUUCUCGUCUAUACCUACGAUGUCUGUUGAAUGGAUCACAGAUGACAGAAGUCUUAACAGCAGCACGAGUAUAAGCAGUAGUUUACAGAAUUAUUACACUAAAGUAGCAAGAGCAAUACUUAAUUUGAAGAAGAAGCCGAAAGAAGUAGCAGUAGAGGAUCUCACAACGAACACGCGGAUAGGGCCGAUAUUUCCGAACUUAUUUAAUUUAGCCGUACUAGUUUUAAACGAUGACAAUUUGAACGCGUUGAAUGUGCCAGCCAAGAAGCCGCUGCAGUCGAAUGUUUUGGACAUGGUCGAUGCACUCUGUUCAAAUCCUUGUAGUUUGGACACGAAUAUACAACAACAGUUCCAGAGGCUGUUUCCAGUAAUGGUGUCUAAUAUUUUGGGCAAUGGAUCUCUUUCGGAGAAAAUGGUGACAAUAUUGACAAAAAUCACACGAACCUGGCCUUCAUUCAUCACAAUUGGUAAAGGUAUCCUCUUCGACUACCUCUCGCAAGGCACGAGGGACCGGCUCACGGCGCCGAUGAUCCGCUGCGUGCUGGCGCUGGGCCGCGGCGCUCUGGUCGAGUGCCUGGGCGACUACUUGACCUACUUGGACGAUUGUUUGCAAACCCGCGGCCGCCGGGCCAUGGAUCUGCGGCAGACUUUGUUGGAUGUAUCAACGUGCCUGUUAAGAUCUGAACAUACGACCUAUUUGGAAGAUUUCGUAAUGACUGACUACACACUGUACGAAAUACUGGGUGAUUCGAUAAUGCCGAGGCGGACUAUAUUUCCUUAUCAAGAAUCUCCCACAAACGAAACAGCGAACACAGAAAAAGCAAAUGAUGACGAUUUAUACCCACCUGUUAGACCAAUGUUACGACGACCGAGGGUCAGACUCGUGCCCAUAUGCCAGAAAAGGAAGCUACAAAUGCUAGAAGAUUUCUUCGAAACAGCGCGUCUAAGGAAACGAAAUAUGCACAUAAAGAUUAAAAACUGCCGGUCCAUAGAUGUGGUUAAGGAAAAUAGGACUCUAUACAGUGGUCAAACGUCACAAAUUCGAAGUGUAAUCGUCGCGAGUGGAGUGCUUAAUAGGUUUAGGUUUAGAUUAAAGAAGGAAGACGCAUUUCCAAUAUUUGGAGCUUUAACGUUAUGAGUUGUAAAUAUAAAUUAUUAUUCUUUC